AUGUCCAAUAGUUUUCUCAAUAUGCAAAAUUAUAAGUUAGAGAAGUUGUUUUUAAAAAUUAAAACGUCUAACCGCAAAAAAAUUGACAGCCUAUCAGGUGGUAACCGAAAAAUACAAAACCCCAAACUAGGGUUUGUGGAUGAAUCGAAAUGGCUUGUAAAUCUUACUGACCUUGAGAUACUGAUAGAAGUGACUGACAUGAUUAAUUUGGGUCCAAAACAUGGAUUACCUAUCAAAAAUGACUUUAUCCCUAUGGCUAAGCUCAUUUCUGAUUUUGAAGCUUGUACGCAAGAAAUUCCUUCCGAACUCCGGAAUCAGGCAAGAAUUGAUUACGCUAGCAAAAUCAAAAAUUUCAAACGUAACCCUCAAGUGACAGGUACUUUCAAUAGUGAGAUUAUAAUAUCCAUUAGAGACUUUAGGGUGUCUCAUCCUGAGCUAUUGUUUCUCAAAGCGGACAAGGGCAAUGCCACAGUUUGCAUCAACCGUAAUGGUUAUCUAACGAAAAUGUCAACUCUCGGAUGUCAAGACUUACAAAAUAAUAGUUUUGAUUUAGUUAACAUCAUUAGAGGUCAGGUAAUACCAUCUAAUUAUAUUCUCGUGUCUCUCGAUGUUGUAUCGUUGUUCACAAAUAUCCCAUUGGACUUGGCUAUCGACGCAAUCGAAAAACGUUGGGAUAAUUUAAAAUCGAGCAUACCGAUUCCUUUAGACCAAAUGUUAACUGCGUUGAACAUUUGUUUUGAUGCCUCGAUAUUCAAGUUCAAUGACUCGAUUUACUCGCGAACCUUUGGUUUACCGAUGGGUUCCCCCCUAUCCCCAAUAUUAGCUGAUAUAGUUAUGGAUGAGUUAGAAUCGUGUUGUAUCAAAAAACUUCCAUUCACUUUGCCGAUUUAUUAUCGAUAUGUCGAUGACAUUUUAACUGCAGUGCCUACACAGUCUGUUGACUUAUUACUUAACACUUUUAAUGGGUUCCACCCUCGAUUAAAAUUUACCGUAGAGACUGAACUGAAUAACACAAUUAAUUUUCUUGACAUAACUAUCAUCAACGAUUCUUCUACCAUUGCUACUAAUUGGUUUCAAAAGCCUACCUGGUCACAACGUUACCUUAAUUUUAAGUCACAUUAUCCACGAUCAUAUAAAAUUGGCACGAUCAUCAACUUGGUGGAUAGAGCUAUCAAUUUGUCGAAUGAGUGUUACCAUACCAGCAAUCUAAAUUUAAUCUCUGAUGUGCUUAUAAAGAAUGACUAUCCGCCUGGCUUAUUACACAAAGUAAUCAGUAGAAGAGUUUCACAAAUAUCACAUUCUGACACUAACAGUACACCAAAUUUGGGAGAAAAUAAUAACAUCCAAACCUUUAUUUCUAUUCCGUAUGUUGCAGGGCUGUUUGAAAACUUAAAUAGAACUUUCAAAAAAUAUAAUGUUAGAUUUGUAGGCAAAAAUGUGAAUGAUCUGCGUAGGUGGUUUGACUCUGGUAAAGACAGUCUUCCUUUUGAUAAACAAUCUAAUAAGGUAUAUAAGAUCUCUUGUAUAGAUUGUGGCAAACCUUAUAUUGGACAGUCAAGCCGGUGUUUAAACACUAGGUUAAAUGAACACAAAAACAACUGUAAAGACAGUGAGGACCACCAAACAGCACUGACAAAACAUGCCUUAAAUUUACAACACCAAUUCGAUUUUGAUAAUGUUAAAAUUUUGCAUAUUGAACCUAGAUAUUAUAAUCGGUUGUUGCUUGAAAUGUGUAAUAUUGUGAGCAGUGUCACUUCCAUUAAUUUGAGACAGGACAUUGAACAUUUGAGCGAUGUUUAUGUUAAACUAAUUUCUAACUCUAGGAGCAAUCCUAAUGGAGAGGUGGGAGAUCCGGAAGAAAAGACUAAAGAGAUUAACUGGCUCGAUUAA